GUCAGCUGGGUCUGCGCACCGGAAACGGGAACUGUUAUGAUCGCGUAUGAUCCUCAUCUGCUGUAGCUCAGUUUGUGUUUAAUUAUAAUUAGCAAUAUUCGCUUUGUGACUUACACAAUUAGUUAUUUAUUUAAACGAGGUGUUUUUAUAAUGUAUAAUUUCUGAAAAAACGCCAAAUUGAAGUCAUAAUCGCUGAGCUCUAAACACUGAUUAUUAACGAUGUCGGGGAGUUUUUAUUUCGUCAUGGUGGGUCAUCAUGAUAACCCAGUGUUUGAGAUGGAGUUUCUCCCUCCUGGAAAAUCAGAAUCAAAGCAGGAUGAUCACAGACAUCUGAACCAGUUCAUUGCUCAUGCUGCUCUUGAUCUGGUGGAUGAGAAUAUGUGGCAGUCCAACAACAUGUACCUGAAGACUGUGGACAAAUUCAAUGAAUGGUUUGUUUCUGCAUUCGUCACUGCUGGUCAUAUGAGAUUUAUUAUGCUUCAUGAUGUUCGGCAAGAGGACGGAAUCAAGAACUUCUUUAAUGAUGUUUACGAUCUGUACAUCAAGUUUGCAAUGAAUCCCUUCUAUGAAGCCAACGCACCAAUUCGCUCCACAGCUUUCGAAAGGAAAGUGCAGUUUCUUGGGAAGAAGCAUCUGCUCAGUUGAUUCAUUUUAUACAUGUGUGUUUUUGCAUUUUUGUCCUCAUGCAUAAAUAUACAGGUGUGUCGUUCAUGUCUCAGUUGUUUAUACUCAUCAUUGCCAGCUUAUGUUCACGUUCUUACCUACUACUGUACAGCAGUUCUAAGUGUGUAAUAGCAUCAAACAGGGAUGCAAAAACACAUUUCUGCAGAUGUGGAUGUUUCUGCAAUCACAUAAUGCAUUUGUACAUUUCUUUUGUCCAAUAAUAAACAAUUUCAUCAAGUACA